CAACCUUUAACCGCAACAAUGACGACCUUGCAAAAGAUCAAAGAAAUCGAAGAUGAAAUGGCCAGGACGCAAAAGAAUAAGGCCACAAGUUAUCACUUGGGCCAACUCAAGGCGAAGCUCGCAAAACUUCGGCGCGACCUUCUUGAUCCCACAAGUGGAGGUGGAGGAGGCGGGGGAGGCGUAGGCUUCGAUGUAGCUCGAACCGGUGUAGCAUCUGUGGGGUUUGUCGGAUUUCCUUCGGUGGGAAAGUCCACCCUGAUGUCCAAAUUGACGGGCACCCACUCCGAAGUGUCCGCCAUCGACUUCACGACCCUCACAACAGUGCCUGGUACACUGAAAGUGCAUGGCGCACCCAUACAAAUUCUGGAUUUACCCGGUAUCAUUGAAGGUGCCAAUGAUGGUCGAGGUAGAGGAAGACAAGUCAUUGCCGUCGCUCGAACGUGUAACCUCAUUUUCAUUGUUCUCGACGUCCUGAAGCCUCUUAACGACAAGAGGAUCAUCGAAGCAGAGUUGGAGGGCUUUGGAAUCCGACUGAAUAAGAAACCACCCGCCAUUACUGUGCGGAAGAAGGAUAAAGGCGGCAUCGCGAUCACGAAUACUGUCCCCCUCACAAACAUCGAUCAUGAUGAGAUUAAAGCGAUACUGAGCGAGUACAAGCUUAGCAAUUGUGACGUCGCCAUUCGGCAGCCCAACGCUACGGCAGACGACCUCGUGGACGUCAUAGAAGGCAACAGAGUGUACAUUCCCGCCAUAUACGUGCUGAACAAGAUUGAUGCUAUUUCAAUUGAAGAACUUGACCUGCUAUAUAAAAUUCCUCACAGCGUCCCAAUAUCAUCGAAAGAAUGGUUGAAUAUCGAUGAACUUAUCGACAGAAUGUGGGAGCGGCUUGACCUUGUUCGAGUAUACACGAAGCCGCGCAAGGCUCCUCCCGACUACUCCCAGCCUGUUGUACUCCGCCGUGGACGCAGCACAGUGCAAGAUUUUUGCAACUCGAUCCACAAGGAAAUAGCGAAACAGAUGAAAUACGCCAUUGUGUGGGGUUCGAGUGCUAAGCAUGCGCGAGGGCAAAAGGUCGGGUUAGACCAUGUGCUCGAGGAUGAAGACGUCGUCCAUAUUGUGAAGAAGUAAAGAAGAGUUCAAGCGUUGUCAUUUUGUAGCUAUAGUGUAUAAGUCUAGCCUUGAUGGAGCACCCUUGAACACCACGAAUAUUUACUCCUGUCUGAGAUAUAUAAACGAUAAGCGUAGGAAAGCCCAGACUAAACCCACAGCGCAGUAAACGCUGGUCAUCAUAAGGGGCAGGAAGGCGAGGUUGGACGCCUCCGACUUCGUAAUCUGUGCGGGAUCUGGUUCCGGACAAGAGAACUCCCCCGCAAUGCAUUUUGUGGCUCCGGUUGCCUGCCUUGCGCCUGUAAUCCACGCCUCCAAGGCCGGAAGGGCCAUAACGAGUACCUGCAGCAAUAGGAAGCCGGCGAGGUAUAGCUUCUCCAGCAGGUCCAUUAUUACAGAUGGCAGGGAUCUCGGAAAUUCGUACAGACGCCGAUUGAGUGGCACGAAAAUCAAGGUCGCCCAGAGAAUGCUGCACAGAACUUCGACAAAUAUCUCGGCAGGGGUGAAAAGCAAUGGGAACAGCGAGAAGACGCCAGCGGCGCUGGCAAUGGUAAACGUUCUGAAAUAAGCGUAGCUUUCGGGAGCAAGUAGACUUAGUGGUACCAAGACCAGCAAAAUGGCUUUCUCGUGUACGUGCCAGCCAAACAUGUAAGACGUGUAUCCGCAGAGAGUCAGAGCUCCGAGGAAGGACUUGUACGUAGGCACGCGCGAUAGUUUCACAAGGAAUACCGUUUGGGAUAGCAAUGUGACUAAGAAUGUAUGUAUAGGCUUGACGUUUGGCAACACAGCAAAGACUGUGUCGCCGACUAGUCCCCUAGAUGUCGAAGCCACGCCGGACGCAUUCAGAGCAAGCUU